AUGUCCAGAUUCUUCAAAAUGGCCGAAAACGUCGCAAAGAAGCUCAAGACCUCCUCCCCCUUGAUCGGGACUCACAACGGCCACUUCCACGCCGACGAGGCUCUGGCUGUCUACCUCCUCCGUCUGCUCCCCACUUACGCCUCCUCACCCCUCAUCCGCACCCGCGACCCCGUGGAGCUUGAGAAAUGCCACACCGUCGUGGAUGUCGGUGGUGUGUACGAUGCCGCCAUCAACCGCUAUGAUCACCACCAGCGCACCUUCGCAACCACCUUCCCCCAACGCGAGACCAAGCUUUCCUCUGCCGGUCUCGUAUACAUGCACUUCGGCAAGGCCAUUAUCGCGCAGAAGCUCUCUCUGCCCAUCGAGCACGCCGAUGUCGACCUCCUCUACGAGAAGCUGUACACCGACUUCAUCGAGGCUAUUGACGCCAACGACAACGGAAUCUCUGCUUAUGACCAAGCCGCUAUCACCGCCGCCGGAAUCGAGAAGCGCUUCAAGAACGGCGGUAUCACUCUCGCCUCCAUGGUCGGCGACAUGAACAACCCCGACCCCACCAGCCCACCUGGUGAGCCCCAAGAUGAAGACAGCCUCUUCGGACGCGCCAGCACCCUGAUCGGAAACGCUUUCGCACGCAAGUUGCACCACGCCUGCACAUCGUGGAUGCCCGCCCGCACAACCGUUGGCUCCGCCUACGCGUCGCGCAAGGAGAUCCACCCCUCCGGCCGUAUCAUGGUCCUGCCCCAAGGCGGUGUCCCCUGGAAGGAGCACCUGUACAACUUCGAGGCUGAGGCCUCAGGAGGCAAGGAGAUUGACCCUGCCGCGCAGGUCUACUACGUUCUCUACCCCGAGAACGCCAAUGCUGACGCCAAGUGGCGCAUUCAGUGUGUCUCUGUCAAUGAGAGCAGCUUUGAGUCUCGCAAGCCUUUGCCUGAGUCUUGGCGCGGUGUUCGCGACCAGGACCUUGACGGUGUCAUGGCCGCGGAGGCUGAGAAGAAUGGUCAGAGCAAGAUUCCCGAGGGUGCUGUCUUUGCCCACGCCAGUGGCUUCAUUGGUGGCCACAAGACUCGGGAGGGUGCCAUGACUAUGGCUGAGCGCAGCCUCGGUCUUUGA